UGGAUCUGCGAUCCAGUCUGAAUUGGAUGAAGACGAAGCCGGCAGAAUGCAGUGGCUUAAAUUAAAGUUCCCUUUUAUUUAUUUAAUUUGCACUGUAACAGCCGCAGCAUGGGCCAAUUUGGAGCGCGACCCCAACGGCUAUCUCACUUACUGUCCCUGCCUGGGGCGCUUUGGCAACCAAGCUGACCAUUUUCUCGGCUCAUUGGCCUUUGCAAAGGGUCUGAAUCGCACCCUUAUUCUACCACCAUGGGUGGAGUAUCGCAAGGGUGAAAUGCGCUCCCGACAGGUGCCCUUCAAUACGUACUUUGACGUGGAUCCGCUCAAGGAUUACCAUCGGGUCAUACUGAUGUCGGACUUUAUGUGGCAUCUGGCGGACGACAUCUGGCCGGAAUCGGAGCGUGUGUCCUUCUGCUACAUAGUGCGACAACUGAAGAGGACCAUCAAAAAUGUGCGCCAGACGCAGCCCAACAAUGAGAUCAAAUCCGUAUUUGUGGCAUCCGAUGCUAAUCACAUGAUCGGAGAGCUAAAUGCGGCGCUCAGCCGCAUGGGCAUCUCCGUGCACAGGUUGCCCGAAGAUGAUCCUUAUUUAGAGUUGGCCAUUUUGGGGCAAUCGAAUCAGUUUAUUGGAAACUGUAUCUCAUCGUAUAGCGCAUUUGUGAAACGUGAGAGGGACUCUAACGGCUUUCCAUCCUAAUUUUGAUCCUUCCCCAAGGAGAAGGACCGCCAGCAGUCCAAGGCGCAUGAGGAGCUAUAAAUCUCCUGGAGAAAUCUCAGCUUAAACGCAAUCCAGACAAACGAGGACCUACUGUAGUGACGCAUUUAACGAGAAAUGGCUUUUACGUUCGAUUUACUUAGAAAUUUAUUCAAGCUUUCUACGCAUUCUUGAAAAUAAUUUAGUUUGUAAUUCAAACGCCCCGAAA